UAAGAAUGUGAAUCAAACUUUUCUCUGAGAUUUUGUAAGUCAACAGACUUGGAGGUUAAAUAAUUCCAGGAAGAUGUUGCACGAGCUUUUGUUAUCCCUCUGGGGAUGCUCAACGAGUCUUGAAAAAAUUGUCGAGACUGACUCUGUCCUCCUGGACAAGUACUUUCAUCCAGGGGAACGAGGCUUAAUAAAAAAGAUCCUCCACAUCUCGUCGUACUACAAAACAAUCCAAGCUUUCAUAAAAACCUACUCCUCGACAAACGAUUUGGAAAAUGCAAAUGAAAGCGAUACCCUUCCCCAGGGUGUCUAUCUCCAGGCAUUCUGCGAUGGUCUGCACAAGUCCCUCGAGCCCUUUCGCGACGAAAUCGUUGACCUGGAGAGAACCAUCCUUCACAAUGCCCACACCCCCGCCACCACUAUCCUCUCGAGGGUGGAGAACUUCGAGUACCUCUUCGUCCUCCUCAACUCGAUAAUCCGUCGCAUUAAGACCCAGAGGACCCACGGCACGUGCCUGCUACAGUGCAUCCACGAGCACAUGCACACGGGUAUUCCCGAGGUCAGGACCGCCCUCCAAAAAAUUUUGCACUGUGUGCAUGCGGUGUUCUAUAAACAGCUAACGAGUUGGCUGCUGUAUGGGCAGCUCGAGGAUGUCCACAGUGAAUUUUUCAUCAGGAGGACAAAGAAUACUCAUGAAAGUUUGCUGCUGGUGGACAGCAAGAAUAACUCUGGUCAGAGGACGAAGAAGGGCGAUGACAUGUGGAAUUACGAUAUUGCGGUGGAGAUGCUGCCUUCUUACAUCACUCCGGGCCUUGGGAACAAAAUUUUGAGCAUUGGACAGACGAUUAUCAUCUUUGGAAAUGAUCCUAGGCAGGAUAAAGACUACAAAAUGAGAACAGAAAUAUCUAAAAAUCCAGUCUGGGGUGAGAAAGAGCACGAAUAUUUCGGAAAGCUCCAGAAUCUCCAGACGAAGCCUGUCUUCAACGUGAUAGAGUUUGAAAGAACGAUAGACGAGCUGAAGAAAUGCGUGACGAGGCUUUUGUGGCAAGUCGCAGUGGACGAUGCCCAGUUGCUCCAGCAAAUGAAAUUGAUCAAGGACUUCUACCUCAUCGGCAGAGGAGAUCUGUUUCUAGACUUCAUCAAACUUACUUCUCACAUUCUCAGCAAACCACCAACCAGCCACACCUCGAGAGACGUCAACCUGGCCUUCCAGAUGACGAUGAGGCGCGUCAUGCUGCAGGAUGAGAGUGCAGUUGACAGCUUCAAUUUUAUGCUGCCAUCACCCAAGGCUGAGGGAAGCGGUGGGCAGGGUCAGCAGAAGGACAGAGAGGAUCCCAUUGAUAAGUUGGGGUGGGGCAUGAUAGUCUUACAGUACCGAGUGGUCUGGCCUCUGCAGCUCCUCUUCAGCCCCAAAGCCCUUGACAAUUACAACACAAUCUUCAGAUUUCUUCUGCGGGUCAAGAAGACCCAGAUCAACCUGUGGAGUUUGUGGACAGAGCAGACACGAACGAAAAACAUCGACAUUGGAGUCCUCCAGUUUCGAAACAAUCUCAUUUUCAUUCUCGAUAAUCUGCAGUACUACCUCCAGGUGGAUGUCCUCGAGAGUCAAUACACAGUUAUGGAGAACUGCAUGAAAAAUACGGAGAAUUUUGAGGAUGUCCAGAAGGCACAUUCAGUCUUCCUGGCGAAUAUCAUGUCACAGACAUUCUUACUGGGCAAUACUGAGGAGCAUAGCAAUCCAGUAAAUGGACUCCUUCGUCUUCUCCUGCGGCUCUGCGACGACUUUAUCCUCCAGGCCUCGAUGUGGGAGGUGACAAACCUCCUCAGCACUGAAAAAGAGGAGCUGAAAAUGCUGACAGACACAUUGUCGAGUCUCAUGAACGUUCUAAUACAGACACUGAAUAAAGUUCGUGCCCAACCCAGUGGUAAACAUCUUGCCCAACUACUUCUUCGUCUCGACUUCAAUCGCUGGUUCAGCCAGCAGAUUCAAUAAUUCAAUCGUCAUAACCGUAAAAAUACAGUAUUUAUUGUGGAUAUUGUUCAACAAGUUCUAUAAAAGAUAUUAAAUACUCGAUUGACGAUCGGAAAACACUCAACACUCAGUUAUUCAUUUGGUUGAUUGUACUUCGUUUUGGCUGUUAAUAAAUAGGAGAUUCUUGUCACUAA